GCCUCGAGGACCGAACGACCUGAUAGCCGUUGCCAGUAAAGCCACCAGACCACUAAGACUUGCGGCUCUGAUCUAUGUGGCCAUUCUGUUCUGUUCUGUUCCCAGCCUGUACGGACGGUUUUGCUUCGCUCGCUUUGCCUGCCAUUGACCUCGUUAUCUCCACUUCCGUCCCGUGCGUUCUAAACGAGCCCGACUCGCCAGCCUAGAACUCGCUCCUCGUCAAACGCGACCACGUAUUCGAUUUAACAGCCCAGAUUCACCGUGACCUUCGAAACGGUAGGGUGCACUAAAAUACCGCCCUUAGUCUCGAGGUGUCCCCAGUCUCGAGGUAUCCCCAGGAUUCGAGGUGUCCACAGGAUUGGAGGUGUCUGAAGUUGCUGGGCUGCGCGCGCCAUGAAGCACGGCACCCAUCAGCGGCUUCUCAAGCCGACUCCGUUGACCCGUGCGUCCGGGAAAUACAAAUGCUCGAUUCUCUCCGAAGUAUUCGACUUCGCCUUCCGAUGCAGCCCGUUCGUUCUCCUUGCCAUCCUAGUCACCUUAGUCGUUCUGAGGUCCCAGCAUCGCGCGGCUCCGCAGGUGCAUCCAGUGGUUGAGGUCACUUUUAAGGGGCUGGAGAAUGUGGAAGCAAUAGGAAUUAGCGAGGCAGCGCAUAGCGGAGCUGACAAGGAUGAUGGCGGAUUGCUCGAGGGCUAUAACCGCGACGCCAUUGUUCUCGCAGAGGGCGACCUUUCGAGUCGUCUGUACUCGGUGUGCGCAGCAUACGCCUUCGCGUCGCUCACUCGCACGCCCACCGUUGCGCUCUGGCCCUCCGACGCGCACAUGCCGCACGUGCGCUUUCAUCACCUCUUCUCGCCGCCGAAUAUCGAGGCAGACAAUACCGAGAACGGCGCAGAGGGUGGUACGGCGGAGUUGAGCAGGGGGGGCGGGUGGCGGUACCUGCGCGUGAGGGACUCGGCGAUUGCGAGCGAUGAUCUGAAAAAGGGGCUUAGCUCCAACCGUCGCACGGUGCUCCUCUCUCCGUGCGAGUCUCCAGAGCAGCAGCAGCAGCAGCAGGGCAACGAGGAGAAGGCGAGGGACGGAGAGGCGGGGAAGGGAGCGCAAGGCGGAAGCGAGGAAGCGGGGGUGGCUGCUUUCGCAGUCUACAUGUCGCCAAAAGGCAGACGGGCUGAAGCAGCAGCAGGGGAAAGCAGCCCGGAAGCAGCCGCAGCAGCGGGAGCGGCAGCAGCAGGAGGGGCUGCGGAGGGUGGCUCAGGGGAAGAGCGAGCGGAGGCAGUGAUGCGCCGGUGCGAGUUCGAGCGAGAGGUGACUCGCUGCUUGGCGUCGCUACAGCCGUCUGCUGACGUGGGCCGGCUGGUGGAGAGGGAGGACGUGGAGUCAGUCCAGAACACCGUCGCAUUGCACCUGCACGACCUCCCCGCCCCCGGCUGUUCCGGCUGCGCCGCCUCCGCAGACGGCUCCUCCGCCGCCCUCUGCGCCAUGCGCCGCGUCGCCAUGGAGUCUCUUAAAGACCCCUCGCUGCGCUUCUCCCUCGCCUCCCCCUCCCCCGCGCGCGCCGCCACCGUGACCUCCCACUUCGACCCCCUCCGCGCGCCCCUGCUGCUACGCGCGGGGGAGGAGCGGGGGAAGAAAUGCGCGUUCGAGCAGAUGGGGGGAGUGCAGGGGGAAGGGCAGGGGGAAGGGCAGGGGGAAGAGCAGAGGGGCAGGGAAGGCGGAAGUGGAAGUGGGAGGCGGCUGAAUGAGGAGAGUAGGGGGGCAGCGGAAGGGCAGAGGGUAGCGAGAGCAGGGAGGGAUCCGAUUUUAUUGUGCCAUCAGCUAAGGGUAUCUGAGCUCUUCACUCUCAGCCGCGCCCAGGGAUUCCUCCCUAUCAACUCGUCCUCGAUAGAAGCGCGCUUCAUUACAGCGCAAGGGACGGCUCGGUCGGCAGAGUUCCAGGUGCUGCCGUCCGUGUGCGGGUCGCAGGAGAUCCCCCCCAUUCCGCAGCAGAAAUGGGCCAAAUUCACCUUCGUGCAAGAGGGCUUGGGUAUGGCGUACUGCGGCAUUCCCGAGGCAGCGUCGACCACGUGGCUGCAGUGGAUUCGCGCUCAGAGCGGGCUACCUUACAAGGACAAGGAGCCGCUUAUAAGGGAGACGGGGCUGCACCGGCUGUCAGCCAACUUCACAGAGAGAGAGGCGGUGCGUCUCAUAACCCGCCCGGGCAUCUUCCGCUUCACCUUUGUGCGCAACCCCUUCACGCGCGCCCUCUCAGCGUACCUCUCCAAGCUCGCCUACACCUCCUCCAUCACCUCCUCCACCCGCCACGGCAUUGCCCAGUCGCCCCGCCAGCUCUGGGCAAAGGCAUUCUUCCGCCAUGUGUGGCAGCAGUACGAGGCAGUGAGGGCGCCCGAGGGGCUGGUGACCUUCCGGGCGUUCCUGAAGCUGGUGGAGGAGCUGCUGCAGCGCCACAGGGGGCAGAUGAACCGCCACCUCGCACCACAGGCUGACAUCUGCAAUUUGAACGGCAUCAAGUACGACUAUGUGGGGCGCUUUGAGCGCUUCAAGGCAGACGCGCAGAGGAUGGCGGGGGAGUUUGGCGGGCAGCACAUGGACGUGUUUGAGAUUGACCGCAGCUCGCACGUCGUCACCAACAGGAGCGUCGUCAAGUUCUAUAAUGAGGAGGCUGUGAAUCUGCUUAUCCGCAACUAUAAGAUGGACUUUCAUGUCCCUCUAAACAACAUUGAGUAUACGCUACCGAAAGCCCUGGAGCAAUUUAAAAAUGUGUCGCUUGCAUAGAUCAAGAUGUUCCUUGGGUGUUGGUGUGGAUAAGGCAGCCAGUUCUAAGAGUGGAACGGAAUGGAGGGUGUUAUUUAUAUGGUCUAGUGCAUCUCUCACAUGAUUCCUCUCCUCGGUGUACCACAUGGCCUCAAGCUG